AUGGCUUCUCUUCAUGAUGCUCCAACAUCUUCAGCUCCCAUACCCCACUUCUUCAAGAUCAUUCUAGAUGACACUGCUAAAAACAUCAGAAUUAAAAUUCCAAUGAAGUUUGUGAUGAAAUAUGGAGAACAUUUAUCAAGUCCAGUACAUCUUAAACUUCCAAAUGGUGCAGAAUGGGAAAUAGAACUCAGAAGAUGCAAUAAUGGUGGGGUUUGGUUUGACAAGGGUUGGCCGGAGUUCUCCAAGUUUUGCUCUCUUGACUACGCUAAUUGGCUAGUCUUUGGAUACGAAGGGAACUCAAACUUCCAUGUUUUAAUAUUUGAUAGAACAUCUACUGAGGUUGAAUAUGCCAUAACAAAGCCCGAAAUGGAAGAAACUGAUUAUGAAGAAGAAGAUGAUAACUCUGUAGAAAUCUUGGAUGGUUUUCCACCCUGCCCAAGAAAAGCAAGGGACAAAUCUCCAUUGCCAUGUCCUCAGCCGCACAAGAAAAUGAGAACAUCUGGUAAAGCAGAAUGCAACAUCAACUUUAGACCAACAAAGACUCAAACUUCACUGAGAAACAAAGCCUCAGAUUGCUCAAGAUCAGAAAUGAAAAGUAAGGAAUAUAAUAUAUAUACAUUUUUUCUUCUUGUGUUUUGUCUCGUUAUAAUCUUGAACAGAGGAAGAUGA